GUGUCCCACUUUCCUUACCAGCUUACCACCAGUGUUCACAACAAUGAUCGUGCCGGUUGUAUUUUAGGUUAAAUCGCUCGUGUGAUCUCUUUAUUUUGUAGUUUGUAAACUCUUUAAUUUGGAGUAAAAAUGGACAAUAAAAUAACGAUAUGCGAUCCUGACGAGGAAGAAGUAGACGAGGAAGAUGAAAAUGAUAUAUUGCGCGAUAUGGAACCGGUCAUGUGGAUCAAUGACGAUCCAAACUACGACUUGGACGAGGUUAACAUGUUUUUUCACAGAGUCGACUCUGAUCAAAUUAUAUAUGAGGAAAAGAGGAAAAAGUGUAAAUUUAUCGGUAAAUACGUCAUGGGUGAUGUUCUCGGUGAAGGUAGUUAUGGGAAGGUGAAAGAGGUGCUGGAUUCGCAGACGCUUUGCCGAAGAGCGGUCAAAAUAUUGAAAAAGAGGAAACUUCGAAGGAUACCGAACGGCGAGCAGAACGUUCAACGGGAGAUAAAAUUGUUAAGAAUAUUAAAACAUAAGAAUGUAAUAAAUCUCGUAGACGUUUUAUACAGUGAUGAAAAAGAAAAGAUGUAUCUAGUUAUGGAAUUCUGUGUAUGUGGAUUACAGGACAUGUUGGAAAGCACGCCGACCAAGAAGCUUCCACUUUGGCAGGCACACGAUUAUUUCUGUCAAUUAUUGGAUGGUUUAGAGUAUCUUUACAGUAAAGGAAUAGUUCACAAAGAUAUAAAACCUGGAAAUUUAUUAUUAACCCUAGAUGAUAUCUUGAAGAUUAGUGACUUUGGUGUCGCAGAGGCAUUAGACAUGUUUUCCAAAGACGAUACAUGUACGAUAGGUCAAGGGUCUCCAGCAUUUCAACCACCAGAAAUCGCAAAUGGCUGCGAAAGUUUCUCAGGCUUUAAGGUAGACAUAUGGAGUAGUGGAGUUACAUUGUACAACAUAACCACUGGUUUAUAUCCUUUCGAGGGAGAUAGUAUAUAUAAAUUGUAUGAAAACAUUGGAAGGGGUGAAUAUACUGUACCGAAAGAAGUAGAAGAACCUUUAAAAUCGCUUAUAGAGGGAAUGUUGCAGAAAGAUGCGGACAAAAGAUUUACAUUGCAACAGGUUAAACAACAUGCGUGGACCAUGUGCGAGCACCCUAAAACACAACCACAAGUACCCAUACCUCCCCUUAAAAGCAAUGGAUGUCAUAGCAUGACUGUCUUGCCAUACCUCAUGGAAUAUCAUUACGGAGUUGAUGACAAUCCCGUAUACUAUACGGAACAUCAGUUAAAUGAACGAAGACUUCAAGAACUGGAUCGCAUUAGCGAGGAUCGAAAUACCACGUGUAAUAGCCAUCACGUCAAAUACAACGUAAACACUCAAAACAAACGAAGAUGGCGUAAGCCAAUUUCAUGCAUUAGUAUUAAAAGAUUUCCAUCCUGCAAGCCAUCGUGAUUUUGUGUUUUAUAUCGCAUAUUUUUUCGUUCGUAUCUCUCUGACUGUGUCAGUCACGAAGCUUUUCUGGUAGGGAGAUUGUUGAAAACUCGAAAAACGCAAGAGAUUGCGAAAAAUGCGAGACAUUUGUGUAAUAUAAUAGAGCGGAACGAAAUACGAAUGGAAUACUUCGAAGCUUUCGAGUUGCGAUUGAAAAGUGUAAAACCGGAUGCAAAGAUUGUGAUAUUAAGAUUAAAUCGUAUAGCGUGAAUUAAUUCAAUGACAUCAUUAUUGAUCGUUCAAUGCCUAGGAGAUGCCUGUUCAAUGCCCAAUCAGUCAUAUUUCGUUUUGGUGCCAUAUUGACAAUGCGAUUAAUAAAGUUGUUAAUCGUCAUA